AUGAUCCACGAUCCGGGAGGAGGAGGGCCAUCUUCAUCAUUUGGCUCUCGAUUCGAGUGGUUAAACAACGACGAAAUCGAUAAUAACGACACACCUAAGGUCCAGAGACAAAAAACAAAAAAACGACUGGCAAAUCGAGAAGCUACGAACGAGACGCAGUUCACCAAAUAUCUUAGGAUAGAUGGAAAAAAUAAUGGCCCCAGAUAUCUAAUUCUUUCGCGGGUAGAUCCAGACACAAGUAUGAAAAACGUUUCCCCUUUUUUCAUAAAGAAGGCGGUUGAUGCAAUUACUCCGAAUGUGAGGAUCACUAGAAUACAAGACGGAACACUUCUGCUGCAAACGGUGGACAAACAACAGGCAGAUAAAUUAUUAAAGCAAAGUUUAUUAGGAAACCAGAUAAAAAUUAAAAUUACCGAUCACCCCACACUGAAUACUACGAAAGGAACAAUCAGCUGCUACGACCUUAAAUUCCUAACGGACAAGGAAAUUCUAGAAGGAUUGAGUGACUCCCAUGUCGUGGGGAUCCAGCGAAUAAAACGAAAGAACAGUAAUAAAGAAUUGGAAGAUACUUCAGUAUUUGUACUGACCUUCAAUUUAAGCUAUUUACCAGAUUCAAUCGAUGUCGGUUUCUACCCAUGCAGAAUCGUUGCCGUGGAAAUAGGAUCUGCGCCAACUGUGCUGAGCUCUACCACGAUGAAACUAAGUGUAAACAAGAGUGUUAACUGUCGUGGCUCUCAUUCCGCAUUAAGCAGAGAGUGCCCUGUUUUCAUGGAUGAAUUCGAAAUCCAACGAAUUCGAGUCACUGAUCGCGUUAACAUGAAAGAUGCGAGAAGAAAACGAAGGCUCCAGGCCCCUGCCGUAUUCGUUCCCCAGCUGAACCAAAGCUUCUCCGAGGUCGUGAGGCACCGCUCCAAUGAUAUGAACGUUCAAAGCUUCAAGCAGCCCCAGUCACAAAAUAUCCCGGACCAAACACUCCAUCAUCAUAAGAAACAAUCACCUGGAACAACACCACCAUCAGGAUUACAUGAAAAUCAAGAGACGCAGAUACGAAGUCCUACAGACAGAAACAACCAGCUACAUCAGCCGAUCACAAGUAACACGAUCGACAACUACAGCGACCAGCCGAUCCAACAAAAUGAGAAGACCCCGAAGCAACAAAUACAACCCCAACCCAACAAGCAAUCAGACGGAACAACACUACGACCAGAGAUAAGACAAGAGACGACAACAACAAUAGCAAUGAGGUGCGAAACGGACAGCGACGAUCAGCUAUACCAACCGAUUUCGAAUACAACUAAUGGAGGGAAAGACUACCAACGCCAGAGUGAUCAGCCCGACUCACGUCCCGAAAUCGGAGGCCCUCUGUACGAUACCACCCCGUUAGCGCAGCUCGGCAAGGAAAUCACGCCGAUAGGCAACGAGCGUUCGAUCACAACCCAGAAAACCCCACCGUAA